GCUGGCUCCAGCUCACACAAACAAAAAGAAAAAGGAAAUAGUUAGUCAGCCGUCCGUAUAGGCAUAGCUAGCCCCAGCAGAGCAGACUCCCUUCCCCUCGCCGCGCCGUGCCGCCGCCCGUCCGUCUGUUCGUCGCCGCCGUCUCUCCGCCAUGAACAACCUACUAACCGAUUCGUUUGAGCUUCCCCGGCGGGAUUCCUCGAGAGAUGGGGGGGAUCUUGAGAUGGGGAUCCAUCAGCCCGAUGCUUCUGAUAAUUUACAAGCCUUCUUGAAGAAGGUUGAUGCAAUCGACAGCCUGAUAGCUAAGCUCACAAGCCUCUUCACCAAGCUCCAGUCUGCCAACGAGGAAUCUAAAGCAGUCACAAAAGCAAGCGCCAUGAAAGCAAUCAAGCAGCGAAUGGAGAAAGACAUUGACGAAGUGGGCAAAAUUGCUCGUAUGGCGAAAACAAAACUUGAUGAACUGGACAAAGAUAACUUAUCUAACAGGAAGAAACCUGGAUGCGAGGAGGACUCUGCGGUUGAUCGAUCAAGGGAACAGACUACUGGAGCAGUGAAAAAGAAACUGAAGAAACGGAUGGACGAUUUUCAGGUACUAAGAGAAUCAAUCCGGCAGGAGUACCGGGAAGUUGUUGAAAGAAGGGUAUUUACCGUAACUGGCAAUCGCCCUGAUGAAGAGACAAUUGACGAUUUAAUCGACACAGGGAGAAGUGAGCAGAUUUUCAAAGAUGCGGUUCAGCAGCAGGGGAGAGGCCAGAUAUUGGACACUGUCGCUGAGAUACAGGAGCGACAUGAUGCUGUAAGAGAUCUAGAGAGGAAGCUUCUGGAGUUGCAGCAGAUAUUCCUGGAUAUGGCAGUGUUGGUUGAGGCUCAAGGAGACAUGAUCAACCACAUAGAGACACAUGUUGCAAAUGCUACCAACCACAUACAGCAAGGUGUGGGCGCUCUCCAGAAGGCAAAGACGCUGCAGAAGAACUCGAGAAAGUGGAUGUGCUACGCCAUCCUCCUCCUCCUGGUGGUAGUGGCUAUCGUCGUGCUCGGGGUGAUCCAGCCAUGGAAGAAGAAGUAACCCUUGAGCCACGACCUGGGUUUUACCCAACAUCUCGGCGCGGUGGAAUAUAUAUAUACAUAUAUACUGUUUUUUCUGUUUGUGCAUUCUGUGUAGUCAUGUGAUUGAUUCACACUCUUCUAUCUAUCGCUGUACGGCUGGCUAUGUUGAACCAGACAAGCCAUACUGUAUGCACAUAUAUAUACUGGUGGCUGCCGCUAUUCUUUCUUUUCUUUUUUUUAGUUGAGGCUGCUGCUAUUCGUUUGUUUGCUCCGAGUAUUUUUAGUGGUGAAAUGACCGAAAUGUGCAUUCAUCCUAGCUUGUUCCUGAAUCCAUUUAUUGCAGUUUGUUUGUGCACCAUGUAAGAUCUUUUUUUUU